GUGACGUCACGCCUUAGCUGUAGGGAAGUGACAGGAGGCGAGGAAGACGACGACGACAAAGUUAGUGAGGAAGAGAAGAGAAGAGAAGGGAGGAGUUCUUCUUCAUCAGCUGACGUGUGCUUUGACAAGGACGUGCUCUUCUUCUUCUUCUUCUCCUCUUCUCGUCUCCUCGCAGGAAACUACACAACAAGGAGGAGAAAAGCCCGCUUCGACGAAGGCGAAGAGGAGAAACUAUGACAGGCAGAGAAGAUGAAUAUGAUUACCUCUUCAAAGUGGUCCUGAUUGGAGACUCGGGCGUGGGCAAAAGCAACCUGUUGUCUCGCUUCACCCGCAACGAGUUCAACCUGGAGAGCAAGAGCACCAUCGGUGUGGAGUUCGCUACACGGAGCAUCCAAGUGGAGGGCAAGACCAUCAAGGCUCAGAUCUGGGACACGGCCGGACAGGAGCGCUACAGAGCCAUCACUUCUGCCUACUAUCGCGGCGCCGUCGGCGCGCUCCUUGUCUACGACAUCGCCAAGCACCUGACCUACGAGAACGCAGAGCGCUGGCUGAAGGAGCUCCAAGACCACGCCGACAACAACAUCGUUAUCAUGCUGGUGGGAAACAAAAGCGACCUACGUCACCUCAGGGCGGUGCCCACGGACGAGGCCAAGGCCUUCGCAGAAAAAUAUGGCUUGUCUUUUUUGGAGACGUCGGCGUUGGACUCGUCUAAUGUGGAGCUUGCCUUCCAAACCAUCCUCACUGCCAUCUACAACAUCGUGUCUCAGCGGCAGAUGUCAGGGCGAAGUGACUCGGACUUCUCUCCCGCCUCCAACGUGGUGCCCAUCACGGUGGAGCCCACCCAGAACUCCUCCAAUAAGGGCAUGUGCUGCCAGAAUAAUUGACUGGGAGUUAGAGCAAGAAGAGGUGGGUAGAGACCAGCACCUCACACAUGGACCACUCCAGUUAGCUCUUUUCAAUGGACUCUAGUAGUUUGGAGGGCAUUUAGCCGUUUUUAAAAUGGAGAUAAGCAGACGUGUGGCGCGGCUCCAUCAGCAAAACCUAAUCACAAGUUAUUGGCAAUUUCAUAAUAGCCUUUUUUUCUUUGAAAUGGCCAUCUUUACUGAACAGUCACUAUAAAUGUCCACAAAGACAUAUUUAUUCAACACUAGAUGACAAUGCUUUGAAAUCCUAACUUCCCUGAGGGGACAUGUCAUUUGUACCUUUUAAGACCUUUCUUCUGGAUGAUUUAUGCUAUGCUACACCUUUAAAUGAAUAGUGAUGGGUGGGACCGAGGACCCUUUUUCUCUUUCACCGCUGACACUAGCAGCCUUUUUGCCUUCUGCUCACUUUGCUUCUUGUUUCCCAUUAAGUAGCUGAUGCAGGUUGUUAGGAAGUAAGGGCUUGAUUCAAUUUGUGUGUUGCCUUCUUAAACUGGGUGGUGUAGGUUCGGGCUUUUUGUUUGAAAAGAAACAAAGCAUUUAUUCUAAUAUGUAUAUUGGACUGCAUCUGUAUAAAUAAAUCUCAUUUGUAAUAGACCG